UCCGCCUGGAGCCCAGCCUCAACCUCGCUAGCGCUGCGGGUUGACCAGGUCAGCAGGAUCCAGCGAAUCCAGGCAGCCGGCAGCAAAUCACCGCCUCAAUCUGGUCCCAACCACAAACCUAGCAGAGUGUCAGACAUUUGAUUGUGAUUGAUCUAUUCACGCAGCUCGGCUUCCUGUGCAGCAGCGAUCAAUCCACCGCCAGAACUUACUCUUUUGCUUUUGAUCGCACUUGAGGCCUCGACAUCCAGCCUCUUCCACAAGCACACAUAGCACUCGAGGCCCAAGCCCAGACACUGUAGACAGACAGACAGACUCCCUCCCUGUCGAUCCCACCCGCCACCUACAGCACCACAACGCUCCGACUGCCACCACCGCACACACUCAUCCUGAUCCCCCCUCCAUUCAUCGCCUGUCGCCGUGGACCGUCGCCCAUCGUCCCUGCCUCCCGUCGCUUGACAAACCCAACCCCAACCGACGACUCGCCCCGUCCAGCGACUCGGACCACAUUUACUGUCCGGGCGCAAUUGCCUUAAUCAUCCUAAUCCUGCGGCUGCCCCAUUUCCCACCCAACCCCAAGCACCACACCAAGACGGCCACUACCUCACCCUAGCCGGCCCCCAACGCACCGACCGACAAAAAAGCAAACGAGCAGACCGGGGCGGCAUCUUCCUCUAGUCGAGCGAGACUGUCCGAGGGGAAGGAAAUAAACCGAGCCGCUGUUCCGCCCCCUACACCAAGAAACAAAAAGAAGUUCCAGAACCCUGUGGCCACCAUGUCGGGCAACAGGAACUACGAUGUCCUCAUCAAGCUGCUCCUCAUAGGCGACUCGGGCGUGGGCAAGUCGUGCUGCCUGCUGCGGUUCAGCGAGGACUCGUUCACGCCCUCCUUCAUCACCACUAUCGGCAUCGACUUCAAGAUCCGCACCAUUGAGCUCGACGGCAAGCGGGUAAAGCUCCAGAUCUGGGAUACGGCCGGCCAGGAGCGCUUCCGCACAAUCACCACCGCCUACUACCGCGGCGCCAUGGGCAUCCUGCUCGUCUACGACGUCACCGACGAGAGGUCGUUUAACAACAUCCGCACCUGGUUCGCAAACGUUGAGCAACACGCCAGCGAGGGCGUCAACAAGAUUUUGAUUGGCAACAAGUGCGACUGGGAGGAGAAGCGAGCCGUGUCGACAGAGCAGGGCCAGGCCCUGGCCGACGAACUGGGCAUCCCCUUCCUCGAGGUCUCAGCUAAGGGCAACAUCAACAUCGACAAGGCCUUCUACAGCUUAGCGUCCGACAUCAAGAAGCGCACCAUCGACACCGCCAAGGAGUACCAGAACCCCUCUUCGGUGAACGUCGGUGCCAAUACCGAAGCCAGCCGUACGGGCAACUGCUGCUGAGCUUGAGAAGAUUGAAAGAGCGGUGGGGGUGACGGAGGGCAUUCACGAAUCGAAAUGGGGCGACCGAGAACCGACGAGCCUUUGGUGGGAGCCGGUAAUAUUCUGAUGGGCCGAGCCUAUCAUUCACGAUGACGAUGACGAACCGAGCAACGCGGCACAUCCAACACGGACCAGGGGCUCCAUGACAUUCCGGAGAAGCCGAAACUAUGAAGAGAAUUUUGGGGCUUUGGAGAGCGACAAAGGGGCUGUCGUCGAGCCUUUAAUACACUGCUGGAGCGACCCCGUGGCUCCACGGUUUACCCCCGUUCUCUUUGAUUUUAUGAUCUUGGAACACAUAUAAACUUCGGUUAUGAGGAGGAAACAAAGACUGGAGCGGACUGCCUUCUCUUCGACGGUAUCACAUACCCAUUUUCCCGACUUUUACUGUGCCCCUUGCAUAUCUACCUUUUGUUAUCUUGCGGCUGCCACCACCACUACCACCACUUUGACCCGCCUGAAGUCACUACAGCACUGCAUACGGUAGUAUUGUCUACCGCUUGCGUGUUGGUCUACACAUGUCGUGGUGGUCCUCUGAUAUCACUACGGCUUUCGGAUUGCUGUCGCCUUGCUUUCAUUAGAAGCUGCCGGCUGUUGUGGCACCACAGAGGAGAGAGAAGGAGUGGUCCGGGGAAGGAAGUGCAAAUAUAUGAUGGCCACGGAGUUUUAUGUUUGGAGCUGAAGAAUCUGGGUCUUUUAUCACCUUUAUUUUGCGUCAGGGAGAGCCCUUUAGACAGUUCGUAUUCGCCCUGCUUGUGUUGUUUGUCUGCCGUUGUCUUAUUUCUCUCUAUAUUUAUUAGUACACCUUUCUCAUCGUGUCUUUAUCGCUUAUAUUUUCUCACGUAAUCUGUUUUAUUGCUUCUAUGAUGUCAGCCUCUCACAUCGUCGCCGCUGUUUUGUGACCUGCCCUCGUCGCUUUUGCAUCCUUUUUUACACCCCCAGCCUGGCCCAGACAAUAUGAACAUACGCACACGGCGCGAGCCCCCCACCCGAUGUCUAUGUCUAAGGUCUUUUCGGUAGAUAGUCUGGAUAGAGAGAGGGAGAAAGGGGAGUAGAAAAAAAAAAGGACAUUAUAAUACAGGCGGUCUCCGUUGCCCGCUGAGCCUCGCA